AUGGAGGACGUAGAGCAGCUAAAGAGGGAGAAUGAAGAGCUCAAGCGACAGCUGGCCGAGUACCAAAAGAGUGCCAGGCCUCGUGAUGCCGUGCUGACAUCAGUCUCGCCUGGAGCUGCCAUUGACGAGAAAUCUGCCCUCACCAUCAUCGUUUUGGGUGCCUCUGGCGACUUGGCCAAGAAGAAGACCUAUCCCGUUCUGUUCUCGCUCUACCUCCACGGCUUGCUGCCGCCCAACGCCAUCAUCUACGGGUUUGCCCGAAGCAAGCUGGACGACGCCGACUUCAAGAAGCAAAUUUCGCGCCAUUUCAAGAAGGCGCCAGAGGAGAAGGUGAACGGCUUCCUGGAUCGGUGCUACUACUUCAGUGGCCAGUACAACUCGGCUGAGUCCUUCGCCGAGCUGGCCAAGGCCAUGGACGAGAAGGAGUCUGCUUUCACCUCCGGGUCGCAGCCCGCCAACAGGAUCUUCUACAUGGCCAUCCCUCCGUCCAUCUUCUUGGAUGUGGCGAAGGCUAUUCAGCCCGCGGCCAUGAGCAAGACCGGGUGGAACCGUGUGAUCGUGGAGAAGCCAUUCGGCCACGACCUCGACUCGUCCAGAGCGCUCUCCAGCUCCAUGUCGCAGCUCUUCACUGAAGACCAGUUGUAUAGGAUUGACCACUACUUAGGAAAGGAGAUGGUGCAGAACUUGAUGGUGCUGCGUUUCGCCAACAGCGUAUUCGAGCCCGUCUGGAACCGCAACUUUGUCUCCAACGUCAUCAUCACGUUCAAGGAGGACAUUGGCACAGAGGGACGCGGAGGCUACUUCGAUGGCAACGGCAUCAUCCGUGACGUCAUGCAGAAUCACCUCAUCCAGAUUCUUGCGCUUGUUGGCAUGGAGGCUCCCAUCAGCCUCAGCGCCGAGGACGUUAGAGAUGAAAAGGUCAAGUUGCUGCGCGCGGUGUCUGCGCUCACUCUGGACGAUCUCGUGAUCGGUCAGUACACCGCUAGCCCGGAUGGAAAGACACCCGGAUACAAGGAGGAUCCAGGCGUGCCUCAGGACUCUGUGACGCCCACGUUCGCGGCGGCGGUCCUGCACAUCAACAACUCCCGCUGGGCCGGCACUCCAUUCAUCCUCAAGUGCGGCAAAGCUCUGAACGAGCGCAAGGCUGAGAUUCGCAUUCAGUUCAAGUGCCCGUCUGCUUCUCUGUUCCCCAACUGUUCGGCGCCCAACGAGCUGGUGCUUCGUGUGCAGCCCAACGAGGCCGUCUACAUGAAGAUGUUGACCAAGAAGCCAGGCCUCACCACCGCGCUCGCGCAAAGCGAGCUGGAUCUCUCGUACAAGUCCCGGUUCGAAGACCUGGAAUCGCCGGACGCCUACGAGCGUUUGAUCUUCGAUGUCAUCAAGGGCGAUCACAACCUGUUUGUGCGCGACGACGAGCUCGAGGCCGCCUGGAAGAUCUUCACUCCCAUCCUCCACCAACUGGAGAAGGAGAAGAUUCAGCCCGACUUGUACGAGUUCGGCAGCCGAGGCCCCGCGUCGGCCGACAAGCUCAUUGCAGACUCCGGCUACAGGCUCACCACCGGCUACACCUGGCCUGUCAACAGGAAGGCGCAGCUGUGA